AUAAAUAAAAACCAUUCUAUCUAAUUAACUCAAAUAAUAUAAUUCAACUAUAAUUAAUAAUUAAUCCUUAGCAUAAGUUUGUAAAGGGGUUAAAAAUUUUAGGUGUAAUAUUUAUUUAUAUUAUAUGAACUAGUCCUAAACUUCUAAUACCCGAUUCGGUUUGUCUUUGUUUACCAAGCUACCCCUAAGGCUCACUUGUCACUUACUCACUUGUAGGUAUCAAAUUGAGUUAAUAAGCUGAUAAUGGUACUGAAAUUGUCUAUAUGCUGAGUGUUGAUUAUUUCAGUGUGCAGACACAGCACAGGGAUGUGGCAUACAUAUCUUAUGAAUUCACCAGAACAUUAACGCAGCAAAGUAGAGACCAAAGCCCUAUACCAAACCUCUACCAACACCUCUAAACAUGAACUACAUGAAUGCCUUGCUUCUCAACUAAUCGAUUACUCAAAUGUAUAAGAAGUUGCACACUUUCAUGUGUAGUAACGGUUGUAAUGUUAAUAAAAAAUUGGCUCAGUGGUAUGUUAAAAAAUUUGGUACCCUUUAAUUACACACUUCAACUGUAUCUAUAUAUAUGUAGUCCAAUUCUUGCUUCUUGCAAGGCAAAAGGGUUUCAUACAACCAAUUUAUCAUCCCCUUUGAAAGAGCAAGACAGACAUGGGAAGUGAAGGCAUUACACAAGAAUGUUCCCAAAAGGUGGCCAACCCAGGCACAGCUACAAUUUUGGCUCUUGGCAAGGCCUUCCCUCACCAACUUGUCAUGCAAGAUUACCUUGUUGAUGGGUAUUUCAGAGACACCAAUUGUGAUGAUCAAGUCCUCAAGCAGAAGCUUACUCGACUCUGCAAGACAACAACAGUUAAAACACGGUAUGUAGUCAUGUCCGAAGAGAUCCUAAAGAAGUACCCAGAGCUUGCCAUUGAAGGCUUACCCACUCUAAAGCAAAGGUUAGAUAUCUGUAAUGAUGCUGUGACACAGAUGGCUGUUGAAGCUUCACAAGCUUGCAUCAAGAAUUGGGGCAGGCCUAUUUCAGAUAUAACCCACUUAGUCUAUGUCUCAUCAAGUGAAGCUAGGUUACCUGGUGGUGACAUUUACCUAGCAAGAGGACUAGGACUUAAUCCUGAGAUUCAAAGGGUCAUGCUUUACUUCGUGGGAUGCUCUGGAGGUGUUGCUGGACUCCGAGUUGCAAAAGACAUUGCUGAGAACAAUCCGGGGAGCCGGGUUCUGCUUGCAACUUCUGAAACUACCAUUAUUGGCUUCAAACCACCUAGUGCAAAGAGACCAUAUGAUUUGGUUGGAGUUGCACUCUUUGGUGAUGGUGCUGGAGCUAUGAUAAUUGGCUCAGACCCAGUCUUAGGCAAUGAAAAGCCUCUUUUUGAGCUUCACACAGCAAUCCAGGAAUUCUUGCCAGAAACUGAGAAGACUAUUGAUGGAAGGCUAACAGAAGAAGGGAUUAGCUUCAAGCUAGCAAGGGAGCUUCCUCAGAUAAUUGAAGAUAACAUAGAAGGAUUCUGUGAGAAGUUAAUCAAAGUUGUUGGAUUUCCUGACAAGGAAUACAAUAAGAUGUUUUGGGCAGUGCAUCCGGGUGGACCUGCAAUCUUGAAUCGGAUGGAAAAGCGACUUGAGCUGUCACCAGAGAAGCUAAAUGCAAGUAGACGAGCUCUAAUGGAUUAUGGCAAUGCUAGCAGUAAUACCAUUGUGUAUGUACUGGAGUACAUGCUAGAAGAGAGCCUUAAGAUUAAGAGGGAAAACCAGGGAGACAAUGAAUGGGGCCUCAUACUGGCUUUUGGACCUGGGAUUACCUUUGAGGGAAUUCUAGCAAGGAACCUCACUGUCUGACAAUAAUAUUGCCAAGUCUCACAUAUCACUGAAACUUUUAUUUCUACGGUCAUUGUAAUGCAAUAUCCUAUAGGGAUUACCUUU